AUGUCACUGGAUGCCAGUAAUCCUCCCUAUUACUUCUCUACUUACCUGUACCCCAUCAAAGGACCCGAGUAUGAAUAUCCCGAGGAUGCGGAAGUCUGGCCGGAAUUUGAGGGAUGCCCAUACAAGAAUGCAGAACACCUCGCCAUUUGUCUGAACCGAUUUCUCUGUCGUUGCGAGAUGCCAGAAGCAGACACUCACCCACCUCGCUUUAGAAUUUCCUCCCGCCCAGUUGGGGAAAUCUCAAUUUUUCAAGACUUGGGCUGUGUAACUUUGGGCUCUCAGUGGCAGGUUGAAUCAGUUUGGUACGAUACCAACACCGAAGCCCCUCAUAUCGUGGCUCUCAUGUGGAGUGAGCUCGCCCACCCACAGAACAAGGAGCUUUGUCGCAGCGAGGUUGACGCCGCGAUUAAGAUCAUGCACGGACGCUUGCGAGACCCAUCCCUCCGACCUCAUGUUAUUGCCCCUGUCCUGCUGCUAUCAGCCAUUGGAGAGCACUACCUCCGGGUUGAUGAGGCGUACUUCGACAAGGGCCAGCUUGUCAUGCGAAGUUGCCCGCUUAUGGACAUGCGGGAGCGGGACAUGAAUUGGCUCAUCACCUUGGCGAAGUGGUGCUGGGGAGGCCCUAGCAGCAAGAGUACCAAGUUCAUCAAGUCUUAA